AACUAGGGUCUGUGACGGGAUCGCGAACCAGUGAGUUUACUGACUUCCAAGCAUUCAAGCCACUGUCUAGAUCCACAGAGGAGGACUAUAGAGAGGAUAGUGAAAUGCUUAAUGUUUAUGCCUGGCCAUUCGUAUAGUGCGCUCGUGUGGGAAACAGCGCUCUCAACAUCCGCAGGACAAUCGCUUCGCAUCAGUAGAGUACCCACUUUCUACAAUUCAAGAAAACAUCAAUCACCACAAAAACAAUAGGAAACAUUUCAGUCUAUCAUCUCUGUUUACGGCUUUUAACAUUUUGGACAAGAUUUAAACUGGUUUUUCCUGAUCGUCAAAAGUUGUGGUCACCAGAUCUCGCAAAAAUUGAUGUCGAAACCCUGAUUGGUACAACUUCUAACCAAGUAUCAAAAUGGAUAUCAGGGGUAUUUUCCAUAUAAUAUGCGACCUUCUACUUGUCAUGGGAAUGGCUGUAGUAAACAUAACGGAAGCAGUUGUUUUAAGAAUUAUUCCCAGGCGCUAUCGCAGUAAAAGCGUGAAAGGAGAAGUGGCACUUAUUACUGGAGGAGCUGGAGGAAUUGGAAAAAUAAUUGCCGCCAAAUUAGCCAAUCUUGGUUGCAAUGUAGUAAUAUGGGAUAUCAACAAAGUUGGCAUUGAACAAACAGUGGCGGAAAUCAGACAAGGUGGCGGAAAAUGUUGGGGCUAUUAUUGUGAUAUAAGUGACAGAAAAUGCAUUUACAGAAAUGCAAAAUCAGUCCAGGUUGAUGUUGGCAAUGUAACAAUAUUAAUAAACAAUGCUGGAUACAUUUAUGGGGACACUUUAUUGAAAAUACCUGAUGACGAAAUUGAGAGGACAUUCAAUGUAAACAUUUUAUCACAUUAUUGGACCACGAAGGCGUUCUUGAAAGAUAUGAUAAAAGAUAAUCACGGCCAUAUUGUAACUGUCGCAAGUGUCGCAGGAUUAUUAGGGACAUAUAAUUGUACUGAUUACUCAGCUACUAAAUUUGCAACUGUUGGUUUUCACGAAAGUCUAUUUUCUGAGUUAAAGACUCAUGGUUAUGAUGGAAUACAAGGCCUUUUGGUAUGUCCAUAUUUCAUAAACACGGGAAUGUUUCCAGGUGUCAAACCCAGAUUGAUGAGUACAUUAGAACCAGAGUAUGUUGCUGAAGAAAUUGUAUCAGGAAUUUUAACCAAUCGUAUGCUGAUUAUACUUCCUAGUAGCAUAAGAUGGCUCCUGCUACUAAAACACCUUCUACCAGUCAAAAUGUGCUGGGCAAUGAUGUAUCAUGUUGCACGAGGUCCUCAAACAAUGAUGAUGUUGGCCAGAAAACAUACACACUUACCAGAAACAAAAUCUGACGAUGUUUCUCAAGUCCAGGAAUAAUUAUUAUUUAUUAAUUAUUAAUUAAUAAUUCGUAACAUCUAAUACACAAAUAUUAAAGACUGAGAAGAGGCUUGACGUUUUCCGCCGAAAAAAUUCGAGUCGCUGAGAAGUAAAAUUGUACAAUAAGGAAGAGAGACUUGUGUAUAAAUAAAGAUAAAAUUUUAUUAUUUACAUAA